CAACUACCUGCUCUUUCUUGUCGAUGACCAUGGCAAGGGUCCGUUGCUACCUCUGGCGCACUUUUGUUCUUAUAACUAUACCAUCUUUGCUGCAACCAUGCUCCAAUAUCGACCUUACCAUUAUCAGCUAGGGCUGCUGCUGCUUCUCUUGCUCGAAAAACACACUGUGAUACUAGCCACGACGUCCUCCUCGACCAACAACACGACGACACGGCACGAUUCUGCCUUGUACAAUCGUCUUCGAGGCUACUAUGCACUACAACAACAGCAAACACCACUACAUGUAGAACGCAUCAUUGACAAGGGCGCCAUAGCUCAAUUAACGGAAAAGGGCGUCGAUCCCUCUUCGGAUCAAUUCGUCUAUCAUCCUCCCGGACACGAAGCCAAUCACAAUGCGUAUCCAUUCUUUGGUCAUUGGUCGCAUGCCAUGUGCGGCGUCUCUAUUGUCCACGACGAUAUAGUCCUCACGGCGGCCCACUGUGGUCGCAAGGCGAUGGAACCCCAUUGGCGCAAGAGUAUGCGGUUCUUGAGCAAGUUUCGAAAAGAAGGUGGCAUUACCCGAGCAGUGGCGCACAUGGAACCGCAUCCCGACUUUUUUCAGCCGCAGCAAAUUUACGACUUUCAAUUGGUCAAGAUUCAAGCCAGUGCGUUGGUAGCUACCAAACAUGACGACAACAAGCAAGUGGGGGCACCCACGGGAGCCCAAAUUGUCAAACUCAACUACGAUUCCAACAAACCAAAACCGGCAGACGAAGUGCAAGCGGUGGGAUUCGGGACCGUUACUCCCGAUGGGAGUACUGGCAAUUCCCGCGUCUUGAUGGAUGUUACCCUGCAAGCAUUUUCCAAUGAACACUGCGAACGACAAUACGGUGGUCAAAAGAUCAAAGGAGAUGUCAUGAUUUGUAUUGGGAGUCUCGAUGGAUCCAAAGAUACCUGUCAGGGCGACAGCGGUGGUCCCAUGCUGGACAUUCACAAUGUACAGGUUGGUGUGGUGAGCUGGGGUGAGGGCUGCGCCGAGGCAGAUCAUGCUGGAUUGGCCAGUCGAGUGAGUGCCGUCACGGACUGGAUUGAACGAGAAAUCUGCCGACUCAGUGCCAUGCCUCCCAAAACAUGUAUCGAGCGCAACAUGCCCACUACCUGCUUUGACAAGCGAUUGCCUUCGGGAGACAGUGAAGAUGACAAGGGAACCUUUCAAAUGCGGGUCACGGUACAACACGACCAUUCUCCCAAGGAAACUUCCUGGAGUGUGACACAUAUCGAAAGUGCAACACUCUUGUAUUUUCAGCCAUUUGAAAGUGUCCCAGAACCAUUCGUUGACGUGUCGCAUGUCUUUCACAACCUUGUCGCGGGGACCUAUAAUUUUGCGAUUAGUGAUACCGAAAAGGAUGGUCUAUGCUGCGAGUUUGGACAAGGCAGCAUUGUGAUAACCAACCACGGGACUGAGCAGGUUUUGUGGGAGCAUAAUGGCAAGUUUGAAGAGUUCCUCGGAGUCACUAUCAAGCUCGAUGAGGCAGGCAAUGUAGUUUCGCUCGAGGAAGCUACCGAAUGGAUCAAUCCGAGUGUCCGUGUCAGCAAGGCCAAUGAGGACAAACUCGCAAAUGCAAAUGGCGAUGCAACACCAGGGAACAACGAAAAGCUGGAUGGAUAGUAGAAUCAUAGUAGUUUGUGAGGGGCACUGCCAGCCAUGGCUGUUACCGAGUUGCCAAAUUAUUGGUUGGGCCCAUAACUAUAGCCACUUUCCGGUAGACUACUCCGUAGCUAGCUAGUAUCCAGGUUGAGCGAAUUGUCGCCAGCAGCCAAGUCCAAUACCCCACACUGAAAGCUAUGGAGUACCACAGCAGUAUUCGGGGUCGUCCAAGCAAAGACGGCUGCUAGCUAGACCGAGUGGGUGCAAAGCCAGCUGCGCAGGGAGGACACGGUGUGUUCUGGGUUUGCACCAGUGAUACUGUGACCAAGCCAGCAUCUGGCUGGGGGUUGUAUCGUCAAUAACUGUGGCCAGUAGCCUACUUGUCGCUUUCUUUUUUCAAGAAGAGUGGGAGAUCAGUCGUUCCAGCAUGCUUUGAAGUUUGAAGCCUCCUUGUAAAUAGGACUUGAUGCACGCUUCUUCCUAUAAUCUACUCAAGAGUUAAUAGCUAGACUAUCCACCUAUCUAUCUAGCCGUCCACUACUAGCUAUCCGCUGGCUACUGGAGUAGAAAGAAGCGAGAAUCUUCAAUAAUCCAUGGCUAGCUAGAGUACUGAACUGUUUUGCAAUCGCUCUUUGACGAAGCCGCCGAAUACUACUGUGGGUUUGUAGGUGCCUGAACCCCGACAGCUACCUGGUAGCAGUACAUGCAACUCCGCAACUCGCAUAAUAAAAACGACGUCCAUUGUUCAACAGUCAAGCAAGACGAUAUCAAAGGUACAGUACUAGUCACCCGAACCUACUUGCUUUUGACCACUGGCUAGCUAGCUACUUCGGUCCGAUCCAGCAACCCAGAGCCAUCGAAGGUCAAUGGAACUGGAGGGCAACCGAGCUACAGUGAGAUUGCAGAGGUAGAGAGAGUCC